AUGGCCUUCAGAAAUGAAGGAAAUAAGCAGAUAGGCCUCAUCGCUGAUUAUUACAGCAAUUUCAGGAUGAGGGUCUCCUCAGGAGCAUUGACAUCCGAUUGGCACAAGGUGGAGAUCGGCAUCAUCACAGGGUGUACUAUCUCUGUGACACUGUUCUCACUAGCCAUGAAUAUGCUCACUAAAUCCGCUGAGCCAGAGUGCAGAGGGCCCCGCACGAAUUCUGGACAACGGCAACCACCCAUCAGGGCAUUCAUGGAUGACCUCACAGUCACAACAGAAUCAGUCCCAGGCUGCCGGUGGAUUCUAAAGGGUCUUGAAAAGCUGGUGGAGUGGGCCCGGAUGUGUUUCAAACCCGCCAAAUCAAGAUCAAUGGUGCUGAGGAAAGGAAAGGUGGAGGACAAGUUCCGGUUUACCAUCAAAGGCACAGCCAUACCAACUAUCUCAGAGAAGCCAGUCAAGAGCUUAGGUAAGGUUUUUGACAGCUCUCUGAGAGAUACAACAUCUGUCCAGUCGACAUGCACUGAGUUGGGUGGCUGGCUGAAAUCCGUGGACAAGUCAGGCCUCCCUGGGAAGUUUAAAGCCUGGGUAUACCAGCACGGCAUUCUUCCCAGGAUUCUGUGGCCCCUCCUCGUCUACUCCGUCCCGAUCUCAACAGUUGAGACCUUGGAGAGGAAAGUCAGUAACCACCUCCGGAGAUGGCUCAGGCUUCCAAAGAGCCUGAGCAGCAUCGCACUCUACGGCAACAGCAACAAACUGCAGCUGCCCUUCAAAUCCCUGGAGGAGGAAUUCAAGGUCACUAGAGCCAGAGAAGUGGUUCAGUACAGGGACUCAAGUGAUCCGAAGGUGGCUAAAGCAGGGAUCCAAGUGAGGACUGGCAGGAAAUGGAGGGCAGAGGAUGCAGUUGAAGAGGCAGAUGCAAGGAUCCGGCACAGGAGUCUGAUCGGAGUGGUCACACGAGGCAGAGCUGGGCUAGGACUCUCUCCAACUCCCCAAGUGAACACCAGGGGGAAGGAAGGGCGACGUCUUGUUCAGGACGAGGUGAGAGCAGCAGUGGAGGAGACGAGAACCUGCAAGGCUGUGGGAAUGAGGCAACAGGGAGCUUGGACAAGAUGGGAGAACGCGGUUGAGAGGAAAGUGACCUGGGCAGAGCUUUGGAAAGCUGAGCCUCAACGCAUCCAAUUCCUCAUACAGGCGGUUUAUGACGUGCUCCCGAGCCCGUCAAAUCUGCACACAUGGGGCAUAGCAGAGACACCAGCAUGCCCACUGUGCUCCAAGCGAGGAACCCUGGAACACAUCCUCAGUUGCUGUACAAGGGCACUUGCAGAUGGAAGGUACAGGUGGAGGCAUGACCAAGUCCUUAAGAUCAUCGCUGAAGCCAUUAGCGCAGGACUGGCAUGGGCAAAACAAUUCCAGCCCUCCAAGAAGACCAUCGCCUUCGUCAGAGCUGGGGACGAACCAACUCUUGCCAGAAGAACAUCCUCUGCAGGCAUCCUGUCAUCUGCAAGAGACUGGCAGUUGUUGGUGGACCUUGAAAGGCAGCUGAAAUUCCCCAGCCAUAUUGCAGUCACCACCCUGCGACCAGACAUUGUCCUCAUCUCUGAGUCCACCAAACAAGCAGUGCUGAUGGAGCUGACAGUCCCAUGGGAAGACCGCUUGGAAGAAGCUUUUGAGAGGAAGCUCUCCAAGUACGCAGGACUGGUCAGCGACUGCCAACUGGCUGGUUGGAGAGCAAGGUGUUUCCCUGUGGAAGUAGAGUGCAGAGGAUUUGCGGCCCGUUCCUUGGCCAGAGCCUUCAGCAGUUUAGGCAUUAACGGAGAGAGGAAGAGGAGAGCCAUCCGCAGUACCACUGAAGCGGCAGAAAGGGCCUCAAGAUGGCUGUGGCUCAAAAGAGGAGAUCCAUGGAGUCAUGGUAGCUAG